ACUGUAAGGAAUACGGAGGUGACGCAGAUGAGCAGAUAAGCAGAUGGCGUAAAAUGCCAAACGAAAGGCUUCCCAAAACGCAGCAGAAAAAGCAUUUUUCCUCACUUGUACGAGUGACGCAUAUUCAAAACGUAUUUGAUGCCUCGUGACUGGCGAUUCUUGUGUGAUUAGAAAAACACCCCUGAUGCGCGGACCAGCAAACAUCAAACCCUCAAGGCAACAGAUGAGCAAAAUAACUUUAUAAUGAAAAUUGUUUAACCCUGUUUUGGUAACCUCCUCUAACACAUUUUCAACAGCUUUUUUUUUUUUUUUUUUUUGUUUCAAAAAUGAGCCAAUCAAAUAAAAAAAUCACCAAGGCCAAGAUAGAAGGCAUAAAGAGCGCCGACCUGGAGGUAUUCAAGAGUUCCUUAAUUCCCUUUAACGCCACAGUGGAGAAGUACACGGAAAAGGACGAAACAGCCAUAGUGACAUUCAAGGCGGGCAUAGAAAAGAAGCACCUAGACGGAAUUGGAAAAUACACCGUUAAGCCCAUGGAAUUCGAAGGCGAGUCCGGCGACCAAAACCUGAGAAAGCGGAACACGAAUUUUAUUUGCGAUCGGAUUGUGGUAGAUGAGCAUGACAUUAUCAAGUUUUUCCUCAACACCACGCUCAUCGCGCCCGUUAUAUUUGUCCUACUGAGUCUCCUGAUAUUCUUUUCAAUUUUCUGAUGGACCCAUGAUUAUGCGAGAUGGCGUAAAUCGCCCCUUUUUUUUAUCACCACCCCAAAGCUGCAACGUGUAUGUCUAUG